CCCAUACGAACAACUAUACAUUUGAAUACACAAAUUGAAGAUUCCUACAUGAGGAGUCUGACAGCCGGGCAGAACAUCCGGAGAUCUACAUGCUGCCCAGUGUUCGCUUCCCAUGGAUAACUCCCUUGAUAACCACUGGCCAUGAGUGCCAAGGUGACACCACCCUCCACCAUCCCACCUGUUGCCUCUACCACACCUGGGAACAUCACCUGGAAUACCAACUCUCAAGAUACAGCCCCCAGCCCAGCCAGCCAAUUCUCCCUUCACCAGUGCCCACAAGUACAAGACCAUCUAGUUUGAAAGUGUGCGGCAGCUGCCAGGAGCAGCAGGAACCCUCCCCCUGGAGUCCAUCCCAGCCUCCUCUGCCAGGAGCCCACAACAGCAUCCAGCCUGACACCUCCCGUAACAGCCAUCAAGCCAUCAUCUGCUUUGUAUAUAUAAUACAAUUUGAAUAUAACUCCUGUUUUCUGUAUCUUGAAAUGUGACAAUUUGAAUACAACUCCUGUUUUCUGUAUCUUGAAAUGUGUAAAGAAAAUUCUUUAAACAAGUAAAGAAUGAACAUAAAAAAAAAAAAGCAAAUAAAGCUGAGUGCUGUG